GACUGACCGUCGCCCAGGUUGUGUCGAAAGCAUCCUAGUGUUAGCAUUUAGCAGUUUGCUGCCGCUGACUAAAAAUAUAAAGUAAGAUGUAAAUAUUUUAAUAAUGGCCGAAUCAUUCUAUGCUUCUAACGGAGAAAAAGAAGACAAGGAACUACACAGACUGGCCUGUUCCAACGUCGUGUGGUAACUGGUGUCUGAAGAGGCCAGUUAACACAGCUAACUAAACACCAGCGGUUAGCUAACGUUCAAACUUUGACGGACAGCAGUUCGCUAGCUAGCUGCUAACGCUACUUUGCCAAAUUACUACUGCCAUACCAGCUAGCUAGGUAAACUGUCUUGUUAUUGUAGCUGUUAUGCUAUCUGACUAGCGUCGCAGUUUACACACUGACUUGAAAGGUUUUGUUUUGCUCAGUCGAUUGUGUGAAAGUAGGGUUAACGUUAUUCCCAAGUAACGUCAGCUAACUUAUGAAUAAUGAUUACUGCAGCUAAUGCUAAUGUUAGCCACUUAAACUGCAACUAAGACAUACACAGUUACUCGGAGUGAUUUAAAGUAGUUCUCAUGAUCUUUCACGUAGAUGAUAGUGAAAUAAAGUAGGCAACAGAUUCCAAGCAAGGGGAAUCUGAACAGCUACACGUCUUAAGUUUUCCGAUUGAUUCGGCCAAUCAUAUGAGAUAAAUAAUGCGAAACGCCGGGAUGUCAAAGUCAUGGGGAUUAGGGCAGCAGCAUUGUCUCGAAAACACAGCUGUCCGAUCAUCUCGAUAAUCCUUAUGUUGUUUAUAAUGCAGCUGCAAUAGAUUUUGUUAAACUGCUGAGCGUGUAGCGUAACGUUCGGUAAAUAGUAAAACAUUUGGCAGCGUUGUUCAUUGUAAACGGUCUGUGUAGGCUAUAGUCUACUUUCCUUUAAGUUAUGUCUGGGGACACAUCUGAUAGUAGUGAUGACUCCGAUGGAAAAACAAAUGAAAAGGCCUGUACUGUCAAGCAUCAAAUCACCAACGCUAAUCUCACAGGUCACACCGAAAGGGUUGGCAUGGAGAACUUUGAACUGCUCAAAGUCUUGGGCACUGGAGCUUAUGGAAAAGUGUUCUUGGUCCGGAAGAACAGCGGCCAUGAUGCGGGCCAGCUAUAUGCUAUGAAGGUGUUAAAGAAAGCCGCUAUUGUUCAGAAGGCAAAGACAACAGAACAUACUCGCACUGAGAGGCAGGUGCUGGAGCACAUCCGCCAGUCUCCCUUCCUGGUCACGCUUCACUAUGCCUUUCAGACUCAGAGCAAACUACAUCUCAUCCUGGACUAUGUGAGCGGCGGGGAGAUGUUCACUCAUUUGUACCAGCGGGAUCACUUUUCUGAGGAGGCGGUGCGGAUUUAUAUCGGAGAAAUAAUUCUGGCUCUAGAGCACUUGCACAAGCUGGGGAUUGUGUACCGAGACAUCAAAUUGGAAAACAUUCUUCUAGACAGUGAAGGCCAUGUGGUAUUGACAGAUUUUGGGCUCAGCAAAGAAUUUCUGGAAGAAGAGAAGGAGAGGACCUACUCUUUCUGUGGCACCAUUGAGUACAUGGCUCCUGAAAUUAUCAGGGGGAAGACAGGGCACGGCAAGUCAGUAGAUUGGUGGAGCCUUGGAAUCCUGAUGUUUGAGCUGCUGACGGGAGCAUCUCCUUUUACCUUGGAGGGAGAGAGGAACUCCCAGAGUGAUGUGUCAAAACGUAUUUUGCGCUGUGAUCCACCAUUCCCCUCUAUGAUUGGGUCCACUGCUCAGGACCUGCUGAAGAAGUUGUUGGUGAAGGACCCUCACAAGAGGCUGGGCUCUGGACCACGAGGGGCUGAAGACAUCAAAGCACAUCAUUUCUUUAAGGGGCUGAACUGGGCUGACCUUGCACAGAAGAAGGUGUCAAGUCCGUUCAAGCCAGAGCUGAAGAGUGAACUUGAUGUGGGGAACUUUGCUGAGGAAUUCACUGGGAUGGAUCCUGUUUAUUCUCCAGCGAGCACGCCCCCAAGCACAGACCGCCUUUUCCAGGGCUACUCCUUUGUUGCUCCCUCCAUACUGUUCAAUAAGAACGCAGUGAUGGGAGACUUUGUAGAAUCCCAGAUUGGUGCUGAACGACCGGCUUCUGCUUCUGUCCAACGCAGCGCAAUGUUACAGGAAUCCCAGUUUUUUCAGCACUACGAGCUGUGUCUUCAUGGGCCACCCCUGGGUGAGGGUAGUUUCUCUGUGUGCAGAAAAUGCAGACACAAGCAAACUGGCCACGAGUAUGCCGUCAAGAUCGUCAGCCGUAGAAUGGAGGCAAACACUCAGAGGGAGAUCGCUGCCUUGAGGCAAUGUGAGGCUCACCCCAACAUUGUCAAGCUGCAUGACGUCUACACUGAUCAGUACCACACAUAUUUAGUGAUGGAGCUUCUGCGAGGUGGAGAGUUGCUGGAAAGGAUCAAGAGGAAGAAACUGUUUGGCGAGGCAGAGGCCAGUCAGCUGUUGCAGAGCCUGGUCUCUGCUGUCAGUUUCAUGCACGAGGCUGGAGUUGUGCACAGAGAUCUCAAACCAGAGAACGUGCUGUUUGCAGAUGAGGGGGAGGACGCUGUGCUAAAAGUAAUAGAUUUUGGAUUUGCCCGCCUGUGCCCUGCAGGCAGCGCCCCCCUGCAGACUCCCUGCUUCACACUGCAGUACGCUGCACCAGAGCUUUUUGAGAGUGCUGGAUACGAUAAAGCCUGUGACCUCUGGAGUGUCGGGGUCAUCCUGUACACCAUGCUGUCAGGCCAGGUGCCAUUUCAGAGCGAGCAGCGUGGGAUGACCUCAUCAUAUGCUGCCGACAUCAUGCAAAAGAUAAAAGAGGGCGAUUUCUCUUUGGACGGGGAGCCCUGGAAGGGCGUAUCGGAGGAUGCCAAAGAGCUUGUCAAAGGCCUGCUGACAGUGGAUCCAGAGAGGCGUCUGAAGCUCUCUGAUCUGAAAGAGAACAGCUGGCUGCAGGGCGGUGCAUCCAUGUCCACCACUCCUUUAUGCACUCCGGAUGUACUAGAGUCCAGUGGGCCAACUGUCCGCACCUACGUCAAUGCUACCUACAAGGCUUUCAACCGUGGUAAAAGAGAGGGCUUCUUUCUGAAAAGCGUUGACAACGCUCCUCUUGCAAAGCGACGAAAGCUAAAGAUGACAAGCACAGGCGUAGAGACCCGAUGGAGUUCAUCCUCUUCCUCCUCCUCUUCUUCCACGUCCUCCUCCGCCUCUGCAACAGCAUCCAAAGCACAGCCAAAGCAAACUGUGACCCCAAAGGAGAGCUAGCCGAAAUGACAGGCAGGGAGAGCAGCACGGAAAUUAAGUGGUAUGUGCUUUUACUGGCAACAUAAUGUCCUCCAGUGGUCAGUUCCAAAGAACACACUGAUACAACACUGGCUAAUGUAAAGUGUCCACUUGUUUAACAGUAAAACGUAUUCAUUCCUCGUAUUCGCCACAAACCAAACGUGUAUUUUCAUUGAGAAAAGAAGACGUGGCCUUGAGAAAAUGUUAGUACUUACUCAGUAUUUGCUCACAAUAAUUUGGUGACAUUACACACUAGAAGUUAAGCAUGAGACAUUUACCUGUUUUCUCUGCAGAUAAGAUUCAGUGCCUGGCUAUAUAGGAAAAAAAGGGAAAAAGGAGCCAUAAAUGAGCAGAAGCCAUAUAUACAGCAAAAGAAGUAACUAUGUCAAUUCAGUAGUCGUGAAGACACAAAUUUGCACAGAGCAAAUAAAACAGUCCUUCCAGUAAUUUAUAGACUUAAUCCUUUUAUUGUUGAAUUUAGCUACUUUUAACGUUGCCACACAUAUAAAAAUUGAGCAAAAAAAAAAACCCUGCUAAAGCCACAAGUGCUGUGUCACGUGGAAGCACUCUGCUCUGUCACAAUAGCAGUUCUCUGAGAUUUUUUGGUACUCGCUUCGAGUCAAAAAAUCUCACUGUUUGCACUAUUUUGCAGAGAAUGUAAAUGAUCAAAUGGUCACAAAACAAAUUGCUGGAAGGACUGAGCACAGAGGGAAAAAUAUUGUGACAGGUUUUGACCUUAGAGAUUGUAUAUGAUAAAUAAAGCUGUAGUGGAAAUCUUCUCUGUUGGAUGCAGUUUUAAUCAUUUGAUGAUCUUCAGUCCAGGGGGCGCUGUCUUUGCAGCUGCACCUCCAGUACACUACCGACUCUGCAGAUCCCCUUGAACUCUUUACGGAGAUCAUAUCUUGGAUUUUCCGGCUGUUUUGAUCAGCAGAGUUUGAUUAGAAGGGGCUCGCAGUGCUAACAAAGUGUCCAACAGUAGCACCUGUAAAAACACAUGAAGACAAAGGAGCAGUCAUUACAUAGAGUGCGGUUUUCUUGUCAUACUCGCUGUAUAUUUCUCGCCUCGUUGUGCUGAUCUGAAAAUGUCUAGCAUGCUACUCUGUCGUGAUGAUGAAAUGUAAGAACUUUUUCUAUAUUUUGGUAUUUCUUGCUCACUAUGGGAAUCCCACUUGGAAGGUUUUUUUAAUGCUCCCAAGUGCAGCUUCAACGUUUGCACAUAAACAGGAGCAAAAUCUGUCUUGGUGAUCUGAGUGAACAUCGCCUUGACUUUGUGCAUUUUUAAAGAGUAUUAUAGCUUCUGUUGGGCUCAGACCAGCGCCACAUGCGGCUCCCACAAAUACAAUCUGAUUUGAUACGGUGAAAUAUUGAUGAAGCUCAGCUCACCUGGGCUCAGCUUUUGUCUUUUUCCAGAAGUUAUUCAUUUUUAAACAGUUUAUGGCUUUGAAAUUUAAAAUAUGUUACAGAAUGAGACACUUAAUCAUUACUUUUUGGGAGAUGAUCCUGUGAGAGGUUUGUAUAUAUUCAUGAUUCAGAGUAAAAAAAAACAAACAAAAAAAACCAAAUGUAUGUAAUGAUUUCAAAUUUGACGGCUGUUUUAAUAUGGUAUUAGUCUUCUGAUGUAAUAAUGUUUUUAUUGGACUUUUUUUUUUUUUUUUUACAUGUUGCACAGUCAGUUGAUCAAUUAAACACAUUUCAGCUUUAAAGGUGCUUUCAUUGAUAUUUAUUACAUGUAAUUGAUUUAAUGCUGUGGUAGUGGGAUUAUCCUAAUUUGACUCUUAUUGUGUACCAGCCCUGUGUGUGUUUGUGUGUGUGUGUGUGUGUGUGUGUGUGUGUGUGUGUGUGUGUGUGUGUGUGUGUGUGUGUGUGUGUGUGUGUGUGUGUGUGUGUGUGUGUGUGUGUGUGUGUGUGUGUGUGUGUGUGUGUGUGUGUGUGUGUGUGUGUGUGUGUGUGUGUGUGUGUGUGUGCAGUUGUCUGAGAGUUCGAGUGGCACUGGGAGAUUGGUCGUUCUGAUAUUUCUGUACCAGAUGGAGCAUUAUUGCAAGUUACUGUAUUAUUUUCCUGAUGUUGUUUCCCACCAUUGUCUGUUAAAAGGUAACUGGUUGUGAUAUUUUUACUUAAGAAACCGCUUUUAUUGGUGUUGAUAUUCUUUUGUUGUUGUAGAUGAUAUUUUUCUCUUCUCUCUUUUGUUUUGAGCAUUACUAUUUUACUGAAAUGCACUGUCACUGAUGUCGUAACUGGGAAUUUAUCUUUUUGCACCAAGAUUUUUGUUUUUGGCUGGUGCAAAAUAAACAUUACUUUUAAAUAAA